GAUCCUCCUUCCUCUCCUCCAUCGCCUUCCUCCACCUCUACCAGAGCCACCAUGUCAUCCGUUCGGCCCGCCACUGUGCUGGGUUGCAUGGCGAUGGGUGGUCGCAUGGAUCAGACCUCCAGCGCAGCGUCGGUGCAAGCUUUCCUGAAGCGCGGCCACACCGAGUUCGACACAGCCUUUGUGUAUACGGAAGGCCGGUCUGAGACAAUCCUGGGCAGCCUGGGGCUCGGGCUGGGUCGCAGUGGCUGCAAAGUGAAAAUAGCCACCAAGGCUAUUGGAACGCUUGGGAAGACUUUGAAGUCUGAUGAUGUCCGGUUCCAGCUGGAGACGUCACUGAAGCGGCUGCAGUGUCCCCGGGUGGACAUCUUCUACUUACACUACCCAGACCAGAACACCCCUAUAGAGGACACGCUGCAGGUCUGCCACCAGCUGCAUCAGGAGGGCAAGUUUGUGGAGCUUGGCCUGUCCAACUAUGCCUCCUGGGAAGUGGCUGAGAUCUGUACCCUCUGCAAGAAAAAUGGCUGGAUCGUGCCAACUGUAUAUCAGGGUAUGUACAAUGCCACCACCCGGCUGGUGGAGAAGGAGCUCUUCCCCUGUCUCAGACACUUUGGAUUGAGAUUCUAUGCCUUCAGUCCUUUGGCUGGUGGCCUGCUGACUGGCAGGUAUAAAUACCAGGACAAGGAUGAAAAGCAGCCUGAUAGCCGCUUCUUUGGGGGUCCAGUUUCUAAGCUUUACAUAAACCGGUACUAGAAGGACGAAUACUUCAAGGGCAUCGCUCUGGUAGAGAAGGCUCUGAAAUCCAGCUAUGGCACCAGCACCCCCAGUAUGACCUCGGCCGCCCUGCGGUGGAUGUACCAUCACUCACAGCUCAAGGGCGCCCAUGGGGAUGCGGUCAUUCUGGGCAUGUCCAGUCUGGAGCAAUUGGAGCAGAACUUGGCCUGCGUUGAAGAAGGGCCCCUGGAGCCGGCUGUCGUGGAGGCCUUUGACCAAGCCUGGGACCUGGUUGCUCAUGAUUGUUCCAACUACUUCCACUGGCUCUGACAUGGGGAGGUGUAGAGGUCACUGCCUGUCAGGCUGUGUUCCAGCCUGGCUAGUCUGGGCUGUGAGCUGAGUCAGCUGCUCUUUCCCUCCUCAUCCAGAUCUCCUCCUGUUGACUAAAACCUGCCAUGGCUGUAGCUCAGGCUGCAGCAGACCUGGUGGCC